GGAAAAUGCAACCGGGAGGCAGAGCAGCUUGUCUGAGAGGCUGAGGGGAUCUAAGAACAAUAAGGAACCGGUUCUAAAGAUCCACCCUGAAAUGCAGGUUGGUGAUCCCCGAGGCUGAGCUGACAGCAGCCAGAGCUUGCUAAGGUUUCCUUGGAAAAGUAAUCACAUGGUUUGGGGUGAAGGGGAGGGACAGGAAGUAAAAUUUCUUCCAGCACAGAAAGAUGCUGAGCGCUUCCUCGGGCUGGCUCCUAACUGGGCUUCUUUAUCUACCCAACCCUGACCCCUCUAUCCCCCAGAUCUGAGGCCGUCAGAGAUGACGCUGGUUCUGUCCAGGAAUAGAUUCUGCGAGCCCAUGGUCUCAGAAGGAGCUGCUGAAAUUGCUGGGUACCAAACGCUAUGGGAGGCUGACAGCUACAGAGGUGCGAGCCCCCCGGGGCCAGCACAGGUUCCUUCUCAGGGAGACCAGGGAGCCAGCCCACAACUGGCAGGAUCACAUUACCGGGGAAAUCCAAGUCCGACAAGCACGUCCAAGGUCGCACACUUCAAGAGAAAGCAUGCGGGAGAGGAGGAUGCCCACCCACCACUCAGCAGCUGCAGCCAUAAAACCGUCUCCGUUUUCGAGGAGCGAGCACACGUCCUUUACAUGUCCUUGGAGAAGCUGAGGUUCAUAGAUGACCCGGAAGUGUACCUACGCAGAUCUGUCCUCAUCAACAACCUGAUGAAGAGGAUCCACGGGGAGAUCCUGAUGCAGAACAGCUGGUGCCUCCCCGCCUGCUCCCUGGGCGGCACCUCUGCCCAAGAGUGGUUCCUGGCUCAAGACUGUCCGUACCGGAAACGGCCCCGGGUGGCCAAGGAGGAGUGGGAAAAGUUCCACACUUGCUGUUUUUACCAGGAGUGCGGUGGCCACUGCCUGAAUCUACCCGUUUCUGCCAGUGCCGGCGUUGGAAGCUCCUUGGCUGCUCCCGGGGCCACUUCCACCUCUUCCUCCCCCCUCCCGUCCCCCUCUUCUUCCUCCUCCACUUCCUCCUCCUCAUCUUCCUCUUCCUCCUCCCCUACUUCCCCUCUGCCCUUGCCUACUUGUUCCCACCACUUGGACUCUGAUAUAGGUGGUGGACCUAUUUACAAGAGCCAGAUACCUGCCAAUGAAAUUUUUGUCACUAACAUUAGGUCACUUGGUGUCCAGGAAAAGGCCAAAUUCAACAACGAUGGGAAACUGAGUCAGGAACCCAGCAGAGAUGGCGACGCCCUCAGCCAGGAACCUGUGGGAAAUGACCUUGAUUUUGAGUGCAAAAGCCAAUUUUAUGAUUAUUUUGAGACUGGCUACAAUGAGAAAAACCAUGUGAAUGAGUCUUGGAAAAAGUCUUUGAGGAAAAAGGAGCUCUCCUCCCCCAGCAACAAACUGUGCUGCAGCCGAGGAAGUAAGGUGUGACUGCCCUCCACCGGCACGCGGGAGCACACACAGCAUGGCCGAGUUUUACUUUGAGUGGAUUUUGUAGUUUUGUACAAACCGAUACAAUUACGCAGUGACCGCGCCGUGUUGUUUCACUGCCCGGAGAGCAGAUUGCACAAAACGUGUACAGGAGGCAGCCACAAGCCACUUAUUAAUGUGAUUUUUGCCAAGGAAAGCUAACUUCAUGUUUAAAAGUAUAUCUUAGUUUUCUUUAAAAAGAAACUCCGUAGAUGAGACAGAGGACAGCGUGCCCUUGUUAUAUUCCCACCGCCCCUCCAAGGAGCCUGCUGCUAGCCAAGUUACACAUGUCUGCCAGUUGAUGAGGUAGUCGUUUGGUAAACAAGCC